CCAUGGACCCCUCCAUCACCCUGUGGCAGUUCCUGCUGCACCUGCUGGAGGACCAGCAGCAGCGUCACCUCAUCUCCUGGACAGGUGAGGACGGAGAGUUUAAGCUUCUCGAUGCAGAGGAGGUGGCCCGCCUGUGGGGGCUGCGCAAGAACAAACACAACAUGAACUACGACAAGCUGAGCCGGGCGCUGCGAUACUACUACGACAAGAACAUCAUCAAGAAGGUGAGCGGUCAGAAGUUUGUGUAUAAGUUUGUGAGUCAGCCUGACCCCUCCCUGACCGAUGGGAUACGCAGCCCCGAGGAUGGUCAAAGGAAGGACUUCUCUGACCCCAACAACCAGUUAAAAAGCCUGGGGGGUGUGGCCUCCACCUGUCAAUCAAAGGGCUUACCCCAGAGAUCUUCACCCAGCAGCUCCCAGAAGAGCUCCAGGAACGACUACAUGAAGUCYGGCCUCUACUCCACCUUCACCAUCCAGUCCCUGCAGACCCCACCCAACCCCCGGCCAAUCAAAUCAGAGCUCCUGCUGCAGCCAGACCCCACCCCCAAGACUGACCGCCUGCCCAGAGAGGUCUGCGUGCUCCCAGAGACCAAGUCCUCCUCGUCAGCAGGAGGUGCUGCUGACUCGUCUCUGCAGGUGAUUGUCACCCAGACGUCUCCCUGCCCGACGCCAGCGCUCAGCCCGCAGAUAGCAGCCAGCCAAUCUCAGAACCCCCACCUGUCCCCGCUGAGUGAGCCGCCCCAGAUCUACCUGACUAACGUUGGAGACCCGUCCUCCCUCACACCUCUCCUUCCCCUCGGACCUGUCGGAGCGGCAGGAAGUACCGCCCCCCCUCCACAUGUCUCUGUGUGUCCCCCACAGGUGCYGCCGCAGGACAACAACCCCACCUUCCCUCCUCACCCAUCUCACCCCCCGCCUGUGUUCGUCAUCAUCAACCCGUCUCCUCCACAACAGCAGCAAGCCCCGCCCUCUACCCAAGCUCCGCCCACAUCAUGUCCUCCUCUGCCCCACAUUGUCAUCAAGGAGGAGAACCUGCCGUCAGAGGAGGACCUGCUGAACAUGGUGACGCUGGAGGGGAGCCAGGGGGAGGAGGUCCCUCAGCUGAUCUGUGGCUCAGCAGAACCAGAGCCCCCCCUCACCAUCGUGGAGAGCCCUCCCCCUCCCUGCGAGUCCAGGGCUCAGCAGGAAGCAGGGGAGGGGGACGCCAAGGACUCUGUGACAGUUUCCGUCUAACGGCAGUAAUCAGAUCCACAUUCCGGCGCUGAGCGUGGACGGACUCUCCACCCCCGUGGUUCUGUCCCCUGGACCGCAGAAACCCUGAACCCGCCAGCUCCGGAGGUUCUGAGGAGACCUGGACUUGUGUUUCUGAUGGAGAGUCAGACGGGGAAGGUGCCACUCGUGGAGCACGUUCUUCACCAUUCUUAAGCCCCRCCUCCUCUGUGCUCAGAGGACGACGGGGGCGGGGCUACUACAGACCCUGAUGCUUGUUUACUUUAGAGCAUGGAGAUGUGAAGUGUUCCGACUGGUCUGUAACCAUGACGACCACGAACAGAACCAUUUCUUUAAGGCGAGAGCCAAUCAGAGAAGAGACAGAACCAGAACCUUUUAAUGAACCCAGGAAGACCAGGACAGACGGACGGGUUGGAACAUUUCCUGGACCUGUUAUUUAUUUCAGAACAUUUUCUGACCCGGUUACUGUCGGGUUCCUUCACUGGACUCUCUUCUUUGGUUUUGUUGGGUCGAGCCGGUCCCGGGCCGGUCCUCGUUGACCCAGCUCCUGGGCUUUGUUUUGACCAAUCGGAGAGGAGAGAUGUUUUUUCCUUUUUAAAGGGACAUUUUGUGUAUUUUUAAAGUGUGUUUGUGCUGAGGACACACACACAUUCCUUCAGCUGUUUGUUGCUCUGUUUUCAGCUGAUGCACAUUCCUGCAGCUGAUGUAAAUAUUUACCUGCUUUA